UUAAAAAAGUUAUCUACCAAACCAAUGUUUGUGCAAGUUAGUUAAAAAAUAAAAUAAAAUAAAUAAAAAAUUUAAAGUAUUAACUCUAGUCAAUUGUACGAAAACGCUUCACUGCUUCACCUAACUCUGUUAAUGUCACCGCUCAUUUUUGGCACUCAAAAUAAUUGAAUUGUACGAAGAUUCUGCUUUAUAUAAAGGUGAGAUUUGGAUCGGGUGAGUCAGAUAUCGAGUUUGGCGUGGAUGAAUACAGAGCUUUGCAUCCUGUAGGCUCUUACUCAUUUAUUAAAAAAUUUAAGUUAUUGAAUAGUAUUGCACACCCAUCAAUUUAUACUUAUUUCACUUCAUAUUCGGAUCCGAUGUGGUACAAAUACUCUUUGUAACAUUUUCCCCCACCCGAACACCUAUACGGGUGGGCUCGCUCAGACGCCUCCAGGCCAGGCUAUUGGCGUGACACCAGAUCAAGGAAUAGAUUUGGCUCUAAUUCCAAUUGUAACAGGAAAACAAGUCAGAGAAAAUCUUAGUGGAGGAAUACAGAGCUUCAUAUAUUAUCAUGCAAUUAGUUUACUUUCUCUGAAGAGAAAAAUUUCAGUGGAGGAAUAGAGAUCUUCACAUCAAAGAAUUGUAGAACAUGGAAUCUGCUAGCAUUGUAGAACAUGUUUCCAUUAGCAUCGAUGAAAAGCUUGCCCGCCACUCUGGUUUGCCUCGUGAGCGUUGCAUUUUCAAAGUGCAUGAAAAGCUACGAAAGUUAAACCCAGAUGCAUAUGAACCAGCAAUUCUUGCAAUUGGUCCGUACCACCGAGGAAAAAUUAAUCUCCAAGGGAUGGAAGAGGUUAAACUGCAGUACCUAAAAUCACUUCUUGUACGAAAGGAGGAGACAAGCGCAGAGAGAUACGUACUUGCAAUGAGGGAAUUGGAGGAAAAGGCACGAAAAUGUUAUGCAGAACCCGUAGGCCUCACUUCAGAUGAAUUCGUGGAUAUGAUGCUUCUUGAUGGCUGUUUCAUCAUUGAACUGUUCUUGAAGUUAACCGAUGUUGCAAUAGAUGAAAAUGACCGUAUUUUUGGAACAUGUUGGAUGGGCUACUUCUUACUGCUUGAUUUGAUCUUAUUCGAAAAUCAACUUCCCUUUUUCGUUCUUCUCAAAUUGUAUGCCUUGAUUGAGGGUACUAAACCAGAGGAGUUCGUUUACAUUGCAUUGAAUUUCUUUGCCUUCUCAAAUCAAAAUCUAGGCAAACCUAGAAUAUUGGAUAUGAGUUCUAUUCAAGAAGUCCAGCAUUUACUUGACUUACUACACCGUAGUAGAUGUCCUGAUCCAUUUGUAAGGACUGAGAAAAGAAAGGGAAUUAAAUGGGGGCGCAUACAAUGUGCAUCUCAACUUGAGAAGGCCGGAAUUAAGUUCAAGAAAACUGAAGACAGCAACUUGUUUGAUAUUACAUACUCUAAUGGGACACUAAAAAUCCCAAAUUUGACCAUUGAAGAGAAAACAGAGCCCUUCUUCAGAAACCUCAUUGCGCACGAGCAGUAUGGUGAUAGUACAAAUUUACACUAUAUCACCCAUUAUUGCUUCUUAAUGGAUUAUCUGAUUGACGACCAAGAGGACGUUAGUUUACUGCAACGUGAUGAAAUUAUCACAAACUGUCUGGGUGGUGAUGAAGUGGUUUGCAACAUGUUCAAUAAGCUUUGCCACAAUCUCAUCAUCAAUGACGAUCUUUUCAGCUAUAACAACAUUUUGGAUGAUGUGAGAACGCAUUGCAGGAAACGUCGGAAUAUCUGGAUGGCAACGUUAAGGCGUGAUUAUUUCAAUAGUCCAUGGGCACUCAUUUCGUUUCUUGCAGCCUUUGUCUUGCUUGUGCUUACAAUCACACAAACGGUAUUCGCUGCUCCUUAAAUUCGAUCAUCAAAUAUCCUAGGUUUCUUUAUGUUGUCACUUUUUGUAUAUAAUCCCAAAUAUGUAUGUAUAAUCUUUUACGUUAACCAUUUGGAGCAAUAAAAUCCCUGAGCGGGGUAUAGAUGUGUAUGAAAA